GAUCCCGGGGUCCCGGGGGUCGGGGGCGGAGGGAAGCCCAAGAUGUCCGGCGGCGCGCUGGCGGUGCGGGGCUCCGGGGCGGCUCCGGGGCCGCUGCUGCUCCUCCUGCCGCUGCUGCUCCCGCCCCGCGCCCGCGCCCGCAUGCACCACCUCCUCCUCAAGGAUGAUGUGAGGCAGAAAGUUCAUCUCAACACCUUUGGAUUCUUCAAGGAUGGAUUCAUGUCGGUCAACGUCAGCAGCCUUUCAGUGAGGAACGAAGAGUCUGUUGGCAAGGACAGUAUUGGAUUUAGCUUGGAUCGGACAAAGAACGAUGGAUUCUCCUCUUAUUUGGAUGAAGAUAUGGAUUACUGUAUCCUUAAAAGGAGUUUGAGCCCGUCGGCGUCCAUUACUCUUUUAAUCCUAGACUUUUCACAAAAUACAGUAAAAAUGAAGUCACCUCCAGAAGCUGGCACCCAGUUACCUAAAAUUAUCUUCACAAAUGCAAAAGUUUAUCAAGAUCUCAGUGAUCCCAAGGAUCCCUUGGUGAAUAAUCAAACUCAUGAAAAACAAGAUAGUGGGAGGUCCAUGCGCAGUACAGAGGAUUUACAGACCUCAGCAGAGCAAACCUAUUCUGUUUAUAGGAACAAAGGAGCCAUUUCAUUUCAGUUUUCUUUCAAUAUCAGUACUGAUGACCAAGAAGGCCUCUACAGUCUUUACUUCCACAAAUGUCCUGAGAGGGACAAGCAGAAGAGUGACCAAAGGUUCCCUUUCAGCCUUGAUAUCGAGAUCACUGAGAAGAAUCCUGAUAGUUACCUCUCAGCAGGCGAAAUUCCUCUUCCCAAGCUAUACGUUUCCAUGGCUCUGUUCUUCUUCCUCUCUGGGACCAUCUGGAUUCACAUUCUCCGCCAGCGCAGGAAUGAUGUUUUUAAGAUUCACUGGUUGAUGGCAGCCCUUCCUUUCACCAAGUCUUUGUCCUUGGUGUUCCACGCGAUUGACUACCACUACAUUUCGUCUCAGGGGUUUCCCAUUGAAGGCUGGGCUGUAGUUUACUACAUCACUCAUUUAUUGAAAGGCGCGUUGCUGUUCAUCACAAUCGCACUAAUCGGUACUGGCUGGGCUUUCAUCAAACACAUCCUUUCGGAUAAAGACAAAAAGAUCUUCAUGAUGGUUAUUCCGCUGCAGGUCCUGGCAAAUGUGGCCUAUAUCAUCAUAGAAUCAACAGAGGAAGGGACGACCGAUUACGGGCUGUGGAAAGAUUCCCUCUUUCUAGUGGAUUUGCUCUGCUGCGGAGCCAUCCUCUUCCCAGUGGUGUGGUCAAUAAGACACUUACAAGAGGCCUCAGCAACAGAUGGGAAAGCUGCUAUUAACCUAGCAAAACUGAAACUCUUCAGACAUUACUACGUCUUGAUCGUAUGUUACAUUUAUUUCACACGAAUCAUUGCGAUUCUUCUCAAGCUCGCCGUCCCGUUCCAGUGGAAAUGGCUGUACCAGCUCCUGGAUGAAAUGGCCACGCUGGUGUUCUUCGUCCUCACUGGGUAUAAAUUCCGCCCAGCGUCUGAUAAUCCAUACCUGCAGUUGUCUCAGGAAGAUGAUGACUUGGAAAUGGAAGCUGUGGUGACGACUUCAGGAGUUAUGGAAAACAUGAAGAAGGUCAAGAAGGUGACAAAUGGAUCUGUGGAGGCUCGCAGCGAGUGGGAGAGCACAGCAUGAUGGGAUAGACCCUGGGAUCGUCACUUUUCGGAGAAACUUUUAAUUUAUUAAUAAGACUGUCUGUGAAAGGAAGCCGCUGCCACUUCCCAACAUCGAUGUCACAAAAAAAUUAUGGCUGGGAGCAAAAUGUCACAGAAACCUAAUUUCUUCCUCUUAAUUCUAAGGAAAAUGGAUCUUUACGUGACCUCAACAAAAUUUUAACUUGCUUGACUUGGAAAUGCUGAGAGAGAGCAGGAGAGAGAAGAAGAGGGUGGGUUUUUUUGGUUCGGUUUUUAGUUUUUUAUAUAGGUCUGGGUGCUCUCAUCUGGAAGCGGUUCUGUUCCUUGGUUUUGUGGUACAAACAGACUGUGUGAAUGUUUGUGUGUGAGCGGGUGUGUGAAUCAAAAGGGAAAUGUACAGAUUGGAAAAUAGCAAAAUAGGGACGAUAUGCUGGGAUUGAACAAGUGAAUGAAAGGGAGAUGACUUUCAGUGACCCUACUAUUUGGGGAGGAAUUACCUUGGAAAAAGAAGGAAUAAAGUUGAGUGUCUUGGGGCGUGAUGCAUGAGAAUGAGUGAGAUGACCUGGUGUUAAAAAACAAAAUGGGCGCACCCAUUCAGGCAGACGAUAAAGUGGUUAAGAGCGUUUGCCCAGGGAUCAUCAGUCUCUCCUGGGGCUGCCCCCUCUUACCGUAUGUGAUCUUGAGCAAGCUGUCUCCGUCCUUCCCCGUUCACAUCUGCACUCUGGGCUAAAGAGGCUUUCCGGCAGGUUGCGAGCCAAGUAGUGCUGUUCUUUUCCAUUGCGCCGGGUAGUUGUGGGCCCCGGCUACCUGCCUUUCUGAGCAUUUUGGGUUUUGCAGCUUUGUACGGAUGAAAAGCGAUCUCUUUUUUUAUCCAGAAGGGGAUCUGUUCUCAGCUCAUACGAAGGCUGGGUAUGUCUUGCCCGGCGAGACUUGGGAGCCGACCAAAUGAAUCCCCCGGAAGCGGUUUUCCCUCUCCCUUGCCGUCUUGUCUGCACAAUUCAGCACUGUCCCCUUGCACACAUCUCUUGGGGCAGUACUUCCUUUGUGGCAGGACCUUAUCUUUUGCUCAGGGUUUGGGAUAUGCAAUCUUCUGUCUGCCAGCCAGCAGUGGAAUAAAGCUUACCAUUGUAGUUGGAUAAGAAUACAGCUAAUUAGAGCGGCAGAGGUACGUGGAUCAGGGAGACAGCCACGGGGAAGGAUGGAUUCGGAGCCACCUUAAACGCAAUCCACCAGCUUUUGCUGGCGGUGUUCAAGAUACGGGAAAAUGGGAGGAGAUAGGAUAUAGGGAAGGAAACCAGAUAAUUGCCUGAGGUUCAAGUGGAAAAAAUGCAGCUAAAAAAGAGAUUUUUCCCACUCCCGGUUUCCAGGCAGUAGAGGUUUUCAGAGAGUAGGCAAGAGUGCUUGGAAAGACCAGGAUUUCCUGAUUUUGGGUGGGAGUGAAUGACCAGCUGCCUGAAACUCACAUUAUUUUAAAAAACGGAGAUUCAUUUUUAAAAUGGGGCAGUCAGGACUGAAGGAAGUAAGAGUUUUUUUAUACCAAAGUGCUGGGCAACACUUGGGUGAGUUUCCUUUAAUUCCCCGGUGGUUUCCCUACCGGUGACAAGGGACUGCAACACGGCCCUUCAGCCCAAAGACAGAUGGUGAGGAAGAGCCAACCGUAACUUACUGAAGGGUAUUUGGUUUCAUGUCUUCAACUGCAGAGGCAUGUCUACAGAUUAGAAAUCUGACUCGCUACGCAACUGCCAUUGAACCAGAGCCUCUAGGGUGCAGCCUGGAUCCUGAUGAGCAGAAAAUGAGGACCUCUGGGAGUACGUUUUCUUAGCUGAAGUUGACAGACAGGGGAGAACCGAAUUCGGCUUGCAAAAGUCGCUGUGGAGAAGAUUUGCAUUUCCCUAAACAGCUUCCCACAAUAUUAGGCCUCGAAGAGCACAUGUUUUGGUGCCAUUGACAGUGUGAGAAGUCAGCGGUUAAGAAGUCAUGCUUGCUUUCAAUCCCUGCUGUCUCCUCUGUCUCAGUAGCUCACUGCUUUCUUAAGGUAUUACCUCCAUGAACUUGGAAACCUUUAGAUGGAAAAUAAGUGGAAGCACCUUACAGAUUUAAAUCUGCCUUGUCCUUUAGUAGACCACUGAUGAUCAGUGAUCUGCGGCUAUUCUAGGGAAAAGCACACAUUUUCCCCGAGGUGGGAGACCCGGAAAAAUGCCCCGAAUUGUCAAACAUACUGUGGCUGUCACACUUCUUCAGCUUCCACUCUGGGUAGAAAGGGGAUACUUUUGACGGCGAGGCUCUUCUCCUUUCCCAUAAGCGGCACGGCACCUGGAGUUUUAAGAGCAUCCCAUUAUAGCCUCAUCAGGGGAAAGCCUGCCUCUGAUUUGCUUGUGUACCAGCACCAGAGUGCUAACCGGUGUCAAAGGAGAGGUCGACUUCCCGGAAAGAACUAAAAUGGGCGAGUGUCACUCUUCUCCCAUUCCUGAGGGGGACCUACGGAGGUUUUUGAUAUCUUUUUUUUUGAAAAGCAAAGCGAUAGGUAGGUGUGAGCACACGUGUGCGCUUCCCCGAUCACACUCGUGCGCUUCCCCGUGUUCUGGAAGAAACCGCAACAUUACCGCUUUCUCUUGGCCGGAAACAGCACUUGGCCUCCCGCUGCAUUUGUCAGCAACCUCAGCGCCUCGGAUGUAAUUAAUGUGCUUACUCCGCUCUCCAGUUUCCCCGGGGACUCAGGGUUCUUAAUUUUGCAGCCGAGGAAUUGGAUUAAGCGCUGGACAGACCCCCUGAGGAGCCUGAAGUGGGCAGAUGAAUAGUGUGGCUUUUUAAAAUUUCUUUAAAAAAAUUUUUUUUUUGAGUUCUUACUAGGCGGAGUCACAACAGUUCAAGCGAAACUGUUGUUUUUCAAUCUUGAAAUCUUUCGGUUGGCAGGAGUGGGCCGGAUGGGUGGCGAAGGUGGGCCGUGUUAGUCUGAGAAAACUCAGCCAAGUAGGGAGAAUAGGUUUAAAAGAAUUUAAACUUGGGAGAAAAAUGUUAAUUUCCAUCCUGUUCUUGGGUGUCCUUUCUCUCUCGUCUUCCUAAAAGCCGAGCUGCGUUCAGCUGUCUUCGUCACGGAGUGAAUGGGGUCGAUGAGUGCCCAGAGAUGAAUUGAAACUGAAACAGUGGCACCACUAGCUCCUCUGCCUGUUUGAUGAUUUGGGCUUCUCUGGAUGGGUGGGAACUGUUAUAACAGCAAGGUUUCAGUGUUUCAGAGGUGGCGGGAGUGGCAGAAUGCAGCAUUCGGAAUCACGCUAAUUAUACUUGCUCUCUGCCACCCCUCUGCCCAUUUCUGCCUCUACAAAUUGGGAUUAAAUGCAUUUCAUGGACUGGAAGCUUUGCCUCUCGGGGGACAUCUUAGGAAGCUCAGGCUCCUGUUCGACUCUGUAAGAAUGUGACUACAGUCCUGUUUCUUGGGGUGGCGGGAGGCAGGGCGGACUGUCUUAACCCCUGCAGUUCAGAGGUGCUUUUCAGCUCCUCACUGCUCAAAACGUUAUUAGCAAUGCACUUUAUGACUCUGGGGAAUCGAUAUUGAUGAAUUGCCACUGAAUACUCUUAGUUGUACACCCACUGCAGUUAAGAAUUACUUCUUGGGUCACAGCCUUGGUAAACUUGGUUUCCUGCUGGAAAUUAUUUGAUUACAACAUCCAGAUCUUGUUUCCGUGGCCCCUUAGACGGUCCGACCAAGGAAGACGUUUUGGGGGACCUUCGGAUUUUAGAUAGGGGUAGCGUGCAGCUUUAUCAAACACGAUUUCCCUCCUCGCGUGGCUGCGUAAUCCACGGUAACGUUUACCGAUAUGAUCUUUUCCGUAAGCCGUUCUAUAUUUCUCCCCCACCCCCUCCUAUUGAUUUGCCCUUUUCCUCGAGUUCCACAUUGGCACAACCUGGGAGAGUGGUGUAAAGAUUUUGGUGCAUUGCAGCAUUUUGUCUCAGUGCAACUGCAUGAAAGAUGUAUUUCCUAAGCCACGAGAACUUUAUAUAGAGAGAGAGUGUAGUAAUACCGUACAUUAUUUGUCUCGAUCUACUUUUAUGUAAAGCGCUUCCUAACACUAGCAUUCAGACUUUGUUGCCGUUGAUCAGUGGCGGUCCCUUUCUAGAUGGAUGAGUCCUACGACUAAAGGAAAGGGUAAAGUAGGUCGAUCUUAAACGUUUUGGUUCACCCCUCCUUCCUCUUCCCCCACCAACCCAUAAAUUGUUCUGUUGUCAAAGAGAAAGUGAUUCUGGGACACCGUGCCAUCCUCUGUGUACGAGAAGACGUGUACCCCUUCAUGCUCAGAUGUGGGGGGAAGAGGCUUUUUUAUCUCUAGCAUCAUCAAUCCAUUAAACUUCAGUGACAACGAACAUCUUCAUCCAAUCUCUGUCUUUCUCCCCAUUGUGACAGUCCCCGACUCUGUGUCUGCGAUUCAGCGUGCUUCGAGCCCAACUACCAUUCUGCUUGUGGGAGAAUCUAAUGUCUUUUGGGCUUUCGCUAUAUUAAAGUUAAGCCACCUCAACCGUAUCGCAUGUGAGUACGUCCACAAAAUGAUUACUUUGGAAUAUACCGAAUGUUCUCCUCAUGAAUCUCUUUCUUACCUGUGAUGUGUCCCCCACCCCACACCCAGCCUCCUGACCCGUGAGGUUUCGGCAGGGUGUGCCCUUCUUAAAGACACCGACUUGAGUUGCCGUGAAUCCUUGUUGCCGCCUGAAGCGUCGUUAUCGAUCGCUGCGUGAGUCAUUUUAGUAGCCAUGCUGAAAGUUCUCAAUGAUCCCAGGGACCUCUCUCCUUAAAAGCAGUGCUGCUCCCAUGCUGCCUUUGCUUGGUUCAUUGGUGAAACGGGCUUACGUUUUCAUAUUGUUUAAGGGAGAGGCAUGAUGAGAAAAUAUCGGCCCGAGUUCCCCCUCUGAGAGAUGAAGAGAAGGCACCCGGGGCAGAGUAAGGGGAGGGAGAGGCUGGUUAUAGGGUGGAGAGUUGCACUUGAGCUGGAUCGAGAACCCGUUGAAACAGAGAAUCAGCCGUUGGGAGGUGGGAGGGAAGGUGGGUCUGGGGCCCUAGUUACCUGGUGGCUAAAUAGCAACAAAAUAUUUAACGAAUGCCGGUUUCAGUUUAGGAGUCUUCCCUCUGAAAAGAGAAGAUUCCAUAGCCAGAGGGCAGAAGAGGGACUCUGGAAACAGCAGGGUUGGACUACGGUGUCUGAGAGCUGUCACCUGGCGGAUCCAGAGCUCUCUUCACUUGUGUAUAACCUCUUGGCUUCUAAAGCAGCUUUAAGGCAGCUUGCGUACUGUAAGUUGGAAUCGCUUAACAAUAUGACCUCUAAAGGACUCAAAAAUACAUUUAAUCCAGGAGCAAGUUUCGAUUUCUGGAGGCUUGCAGCCUUGUAAAUACGACUUUACUUUUUCAAGCUAGGUUGGGAUGAAAUGGAAUUUUCCAUAUUUUUUUUAACAUCACUAAGCAGAUCAUCGAACAGUAUUUAUGAAAAGAUAUUGGGGUGAGGGAAUACAAAUCAGGAUAUCAUAUGUAAUGGGUUGAAAUGUGUAAAAUAAAGAUUCUUUGACUGGAA